AUGAUGGAACCUUUGUCGAACAGUGCGCCGCCUGGUGAAGUGACCGUGGAUGGAACUAACACUCAGGAGAGUGAGGAGCACCCCACAACCGAAUACAUGCAAGGUUGGGCUCUUGCUUUGUUGACCGUGGCUUUCAUGUCCAUUUGCUUCGUGCUGGCCAUUGAUAAUACAAUUCUGGCGACGGCGAUUCCCAGCAUCACCAGCGACUUUCAUAGCCUCAACGAUAUCGGCUGGUACGGCUCUUCCUACUUGAUCGCGCAAAUGUCACUUCUACCGACUUGCGGUCGGCUCUACACAUUGUACAACAUAAAGUGGAUUUACUGCGGCUCACUGGUCAUCUUUGAACUCGGCUCUGUUGUCUCUGCUGUCGCCCCAAAUUCCAUCGUGCUUAUCAUAGGUCGUGCAAUCUCUGGUCUCGGUGCUGCUGGCUUGGUAAGUGGAACGACAACUAUUCUAUCUUAUUGCGUGUCAUUGCAAAAGCAGGCGAUGCUAUCGCCCAUCGUCCUGGGAGUGUACAACAUCGGGUCGGCAAUUGGGCCACUUGUGGGCGGUUCGAUAACAGAUAACAAAACGUUGACAUGGCGAUUUAUUUUCUGGAUCAAUCUCCCCUUUGGAGCUGUCGGGCUAGCUCUAGUCUGGUUCACUCUGCGAAAGCCACCACCUGCAGUAAAGGCGGGCUUGCCCUGGAGUCAGAAGCUGCGUCAGCUCGACCUCCCAGGAGCUACUCUACUGCUCGGUGCGACAUCGUGUUUGAAUUUGGCAUUGCAGUGGGGUGGAAUUGUCUACCCCUGGUCUGAUGCCAAGGUGUUUGGGUGCCUUAUUGGGUUCAGUCUACUUUUGGUUGUUUCGAACAUUCCCCUGCACAUUUUCCGAAGUCGUACCAUGUCGGUAUCAUGCGGUUUCACGAUGCUCGUCCAGGUAGCUAUAGUCGUGCAAUCGUAUUAUUGGCCCAUAUAUUUUCAGUCUGUCAGGAACACCAAUGCCGAGGUCUCAGGAAUAAAUCUACUCCCGUUGAUUGUUUCUAAUAGUCUCAGCAUGCUUUGUGCAGGCGCCAUAGUGUCGAAAUUUGGGCAUUAUUUGCCAUUUAUGUGGAUCGGACCUCUCAUCCUGGCUACUGGAGGGGGUCUAUAUCAACUAGUGCGGGUCGACAGUCCACGUGGACAAUGGAUAGGGCUUCAAAUUAUAUCGGGGCUUGGAUAUGGCUGCUGUAACCAAAUGCCAAUUCUCGCUGUGCAGGUCGUCCUCAAAAAGGCAGAUAUACCAACGGGUAUGGUCAUGAUCAUGUUUUUUCAAUUCCUGGGGGGCGCGCUGGGUCCUAGUGUUGGGCAAAACCUUUUUACCGAUGGUCUUCUACGAAGGCUCAGCAAGGUGCAGAGUAUAGAUGGGGCGGCCGUUGUAGCGGCCGGCGCAAGUGGUUUCAGGGAGGUGGUUCCUCCCGAACUCAUCGAUUUCGUCGUGGAUGCAUUUAAUUCCGCUUUGAAGAGUGUAUUCUGGGUUGCGCUAGCUACACCAGCCCUUGCUUGGAUGAUAAGCUUGGCAAUGGAGUGGCUGAAAUUGUCGAGCACUAAGAAACAUGAUACAGAAGCUUCGCCCGAGGAGGCUGCGGAAAAAUAG